AUGGGACCACCACCCUUGCCACCAGGCAAAGACCGUCAUCAUAUUGUAGUGCUGGAGGCAAUUCACGUUAAGAUGCCAGAAUUCGACUUUCCACAUACUAUCGACUUCCAUCCUCGGACAUACAAGGGUGAUGUAGCAGAGCGCAUAAAGGAUGCCACCAUAGCUAUCGCCUGUGUGACGCCUGUAACGCCCGAGGACCUUGAUGUUGCAAAAGAUCUCAGGUGCUUGGCCAUUAUGGCAGUCGGUAUCGGUUGGCUGGACAGGGAAGAGUUUGCCCGACGAGGAGUUACCGUGACGAAUUGUGCCGGAGGAAACGUCGAGGCGGUUUGCGAGCAUUUUGUGGGAUUGUACUUUGCUAUCCGGAAAAAGAUUGUUGAGAUUGACAAUGCUAUGAAAGGCACCAAGGAAUGGUUGGAGAAAGGUACCCUGAUUGGUCGCUGGCCUGACAAGAAGCCAUCACCAGGAUGUCGACAGGAAGUCCUGGGUAUCUUCGGCUACGGAACGAUAGGAAAGAGGAUUGCCACACUAGCCAAAGCGUUGGGAUUCUCGGAGGUGCUGGUAGCGGACAGGAAAGGGAAUACCAAGAAUCUGAGGGAGGGAAGGAAAGCGUUCGACGAGGUGGUGAGGCGGGCCAGCACAAUGGUCGUCUGCGUGCCAAAGUCGGACGAUACCGUCAAUUUGAUUGAUGAAAAGGAGUUCGAGUCGAUGAGAAGCGAUGCGGUUGUCAUCAACGUCGCAAGGGGCGGCAUUGUCAACGAGGCCGCACUCGCAAGCGCGCUCAAGAACGGUAGCAUAGCUGGUGCUGCUGUCGACGUGCUGGAGACCGAACCUGGAGGCAUUGGCACGACACCGUUGCUUCCCGAUCCUGCAGUCGCAGAGCAGCCAAUUCCGAACUUGAUCAUAUCUCCACACAUCGCCUGGUUCACACAGGAUACAAUCGCCAACUACCAGCAGCUACUCAAGGAGGGCGUGGAGAAUUGGGCAAAUGGGACUCUGGAGAAAGACGGCGACAUCAAUCGAACGGUGUGCGUCCACGAUGGUAAGAUAUAUCGUUGA